UUCAGAUGAAAUUUUGAAGUGAAUAGAUCGUAGAAUGCCUAUACUGGGGGGAGGGUUGAAGGGUAGGGACUGGGACACUGAACGAUCAUCUAUCUCUACUAACUCCUCAGCAACAUCAAACUCUGCCUCGGCAAACUGGACUUCGUCGUCGGCUAACAAGCUUUCUAAGUUGAGUAAACGGAUCCGUGAGUCUUGUCGGAAUCUAAAAGCCAAGCAAGGAAAGACUAAACAUUUCAACCCCGAGGACUACACAAGCUUCCAACUCCCAAAUGAGAGCGUCAGGUCCAAGGUGUAUGUUGCGAUGGAUUUCUCCGGAGAGGACGGAGGACGGGUUCUGGACAAUCCCAAGGAUAUCCGGAAAUGCGACAAGACUGGACCCACCAGCAAGGACGGAUAUGUUCCGUUCCGACGGCGAGUAGCUGCAGUCGUAUCGGACAAGCUGACGGAGACCCAGGCGAACGUGCACAAGUCCCAAGCCUGGUUUCACGCAGGGCUUGUCAGGGAAAGAGCACAUAAGAUCCUGCAGCAGCAUACUGCUGUCGACGGGGUUUUCUUGGUUCGUGAGAGCAGUGUAUCUGGUGGGUUUGUGAUCUCCUAUACUUAUACUGGGAAACUGUUUCAUUCUCAAGUUCUACCGGUAUCAAACGCGGAUGGAGUAACUUACACUGUGGACGAUGGAAAAACCAAAUUUUUUGAUCUUCUUCAACUUGUUGAGUUUUAUCAACUAAACCCUGGAACCUUACCCACAAGAUUGAUCCAUUACAUCGCGAGUAAACACGAGGUGGAUAUCAGAGAAGAGGGAGGAAGUGGGGAACAGAAGAACGGAACUAGCGGAACUACUGAGAACGGAGUAAAGGAGAACGGAGUAGGAGAUGACCGGGAGGAGAAUGAGGAAGAGAAAGUUCUGAUCUGCGGAGAGAAGGAGAAGAAUAGGGAGUCCCUGGAAUGUGAUAAAAUGACCGGUAGUUCGGUCAGCGAAGGGGAUUCCGCAAUGUCGCAGGACGGAGCAAGCGAUGAUGAAUCAGGGAACAGAGAACAGCAAGGGUAAAACUAAGCAGGAGAAACCUAGAAAGGUUAAACCUAGAAAUUCCGAAUAAGUUCAAAUAAAAAAAUCCCCAGUCAGAGAACACUCCCCCACCGUGGGUAAACCAGUGGAAUUAAGCUCUACCAAACCUGGAUAAAAAUCCUAAAUUUGUCUUUAAAAGUUUCCAGCUUGUUGCAGGGUCCAGCUACUAUGCUGACCUAGUGCGCCAGGAUCUGGGAGAAUUGGGUCGAAAACCACCUGCUGUGAUUGUGAGCAAGAGCGCUGUGAUUAAGUGUGGAGACCCAGGUUCCAACACGAAGAUUCAUUCUGAAAAGUCAACCAACCCUCUCUCCUCCAUAACAAACCAGUGUCUCGUCAUUAAUUCCGGAAACUAACUGUAUCUAUGUACUCGGGAAAAGGAGAGAUAUUCAGCAAAAUUAGCGCUCUGUCAUAAUUCCAAUUCAUUUAUUUCAUUUUAUCAUCUACCAUUUAAUCAAACUUUAGUAAAUAGCGGAGACAUUGGAAGUAUGUAUGAUAACCACCUUCCUCUUAUAAUGUGCUUGCUUCGGUAUACUUGUAACUCUUGUAAAAAUGUUCAUUCUAACUUCAUGUUAGAUUUUUUCUUUCCUUGGAUAUGAACAUGAAACUAGUCCCUAACACCAAUUAUGUUGUCUAGGACUCAAAAACUUUCUAUUCAUGUCUGAAACAUACACACUGAGAAAAAGUCCCAUAAAAAGUCCCAUAAAAAGUCCCAUAAAAUUUGUUUCUUCAAGUCAACACUCAACUUUUUUUGUGAGGGAGAAAGUCCUUCCUAUCAUGUCGGAUUUAAUCGACCAGAAUUUGUCUAAACUUAUAAGGAAAAAUUUUCAAAAAAUAAAAUUCAAGACUUUUAUUUUAUUAUGUUUUUACUGCUUACUGCCUAAGCCACUUCAUAUUCCCCACCGACUUAUUAUUCUUCAUAAUUCUUUAAUAUUUCAGCUUUUUCCUCCAUUCUUGGUGUGAACAUAUAUAUGUAGAACAGCACACAAUAUUUAUCAACAUAAUGUAUAUGGAAAAACCUAUAAAUUUAAAUAUAAAGCCUAAAUUACCAAAAAAAAUCAAAUAUUACCCUAAUUAGGGGGUUUAACUAAUUAAAAUGUAAAAUGUUGGGUAAACUAGAGUUCUUGUUAUUGGUUUAAUCUAGAUCAGUACUUUUAUGUACAGUGUGCCAGGUGUACAACUUAUGUACAGAAUACCAGGUGUACAAUUUAUUUAAGUACAUCAGGUGUACAAUUAGUGUACUGUGUACAAUUUGUACAUACCAGGUGUACAAUAUACAAAGCCUACAGGUACCUAUUCAUGUACCGUAUGUGAGAUGCAUACUGUACAUGUUUAGUACAAGGUUUUGUAUGUACAAGUGUUUAAAUACUGUUCCCAUGACUUAACUAAUAAACGGAAUAUUAGAUAUCCAUAGAAAUCGUAUUUACCGAAAGGGCACUUUUUAAAAUGUAGAAAUAAAUUUGAAAUGUUCUCUAAAUGUUUGUAAAAAAGGUGGCCACCAUUUGUGAAAAUAUUUUUGGAUUGAGUCACCCGAUCUUUUAUUGAGCAGGAACACUGCACACCAUUGAUCUUUAUAAUUGUCAGUUGAACCAGGACCAUUAUUCAGCACCCCCUGCUCAAAUCAAAAUUAAAUGUUUGAGAAAUCUGACUUCAAAAUUUGAAAUAUUGAUUUUUAAAAGAUUAAUUGGAUUUAGAACCCUGGAGAAGGGGGUGUUUCUUGUACUAUUUAAAACCUGCACCAAUUGCUCUGAUAAAAAAUGAAACAUCAAAACUCAAUUAUCCCAUCCUUACUUGAGAAAUUAGAGCCUUGCAGACCACUUAAGCCGUUCACGCCCUGAGACAUGUCUUUCUAUUAUUAUACUAUGUUAGCUGUAGUUGAUGUAUAUACAGUAUUAAUAUAUUUAACUGUGCCCGUAUAAUAAAUAUAAUUAAACAAG